CUCUGCUAAUAAUGUGACUCAUUCAGUCUAAUUGUAUCAAAACUUCAUCAAAUUGUAGUUUAUCAGCAAAGCUUUUUCGUAAGAAGAUGUAUACAGCUUAUCGUAUGCGCUCUGGAUGUCCUUCUCAACACAUCGAAUCAAAAUACAGCAAAGGAACACAAGCUUUGCUGCAGGUAUUUGCUGCCGAUACUGCAAGCAUUUUUCGACGACUUUCACUCGGAGAAUCCCGUGAUGUUCGACUUUACAGACGAGCUCAACAAGGAGUGUAAGUCAAACAUCUCCUUCACACAGCGUAGGCCAGAUGGCCAUAUAUUCCUGGGCGUGAGGAAAAGAAAACUUUCGGCUAUGUUGAGGUGAAGGACAUGACCACGGGCAACAACCAUAACAAGGUCAACUUAGAUCUUGUAAGGCUAGGAGUCUUUUGCAAGAAUGCAUUGGAUGUUCAUGAAAGUCAAGGAAAAAUCGCCAUCCAAGCUGUUGGGGGCGAACAUGACAUUUUACUUAGUACAGUAUAUGAACCAAAACAUUUACACAAUGGUUGAGCUUGACCACUUUCGUUUCCCGACUUAAGCAAAGAACUACGGCUUUUUUUGAAUGCCUAAGUAGAGUCAUGUAUAUAUUGCAUACAUUUCAUGCGCAGUGUAUAUCAAGCAACGAAGAAAGAAAGUAUGAAGAUUUUGUCGAAACGUUAGUCACUCAUUCUUCGAAUGAUAACUGCGACGACAGUCAACAGAACAAGAACGAAUCAUUGCAAACGCGAUUAUACGUAAUUUUUACUUAAUAAGCUAAUAAUAAAUACCUUUAUAAAUCAGACCUCACUUCUCUUUAAUAAAGAUAUGUAUCUUUUAUUUAAAAAUUGUAUAAUUUCAAAUAUGAAAAUCAAAGAUCCUCUAA